AGAGCUUUGGGUGCUUCACCUGCUUUGCUUGAAACCUCACAACUAGAAAGCAGCAGACCGCACCGCAGUUUGGAAGGUAGUAGCUGACUUGACGGCGCCAACAUGUCGAUGGGUUUGGAGAUUGGUGGUGUAGCCCUAUCUGUCCUGGGCGUGAUAGGCACCAUCUUGUGUUGCGGGUUGCCUAUGUGGAAGGUGACUGCCUUCAUCGGCUACAACAUCAUCACCGCGCAGUUCACCUGGGAAGGGCUAUGGAUGGACUGUGUGGCCCAGAGUACUGGCCAGAUGCAAUGCAAGGUCUAUGAUUCCAUGCUGGCGUUGCAACCGGACCUACAGGCUGCUCGCGCCUUAAUCGUCAUUUCCAUUGUCCUCGGGGUAAUGGGGAUACUCAUCUUCCUGAUGGGAGCGCAGUGCACUCGCUGCAUUGAGGAUGAAUCUACAAAGGCUAAGGUCACCAUCGUCUCUGGGGUCAUCUUCCUGCUGACUGGCCUCCUGACUCUCAUCCCCGUCUCCUGGUCUGCCAAUCAAGUUGUCCGCAACUUCUACAAUCCAGCAGUCCCAGAGUCCCUGAAACGGGAGAUAGGACCUUCACUCUACAUCGGCUGGGCAGCAGCAAUCCUUUUUAUUUUCGGGGGAAGCUUGCUCUGCUGUUCCUGUCCCCCCAAGGAGGAGAAGUACAAACCCACACACCUGGUCUACUCUGCACCCAGGUCUACUGCACUGAGCUAUGACAAGAAGAACUAUGUAUGAGAUGGCAGACCACCCCCAUGGUUGUAAGUGUUGCAAGCCUACCAGGACGUGUUAAAUUCACCUUUGCUUGCUCAAGAAGAAGAAAAACUUCCACCAAGAUUUAUUCCCAUGUUCAAUGAGAAUUUGUACAGUGAUGGUCUGUGACUCCCUUUGUACGGAGUUCCUAAGAAGGGGAAGGAACUUGCCUGGCCCCGUUUUUCUUUUUGUGGAUAUUAUUUGCCUCUGAUCUAAAACACUCUCAGACUUUCAUCAAGCACUUGAUGAAGAUCCCAUCCCUCUUGCUCAAGCUUGGCCUUCAGUCCCUCCCUUAAGACUGACAGGGGGUCAAAAUGACUGCAGAUGGUUAGUAUAAACCUGGAAGGGUCAAGUGGACUGCCUCUUUGAAUGGGGGUUUCUGUGCUGUUGGAUUCUCCCCCCCCCCCAAAUUUGGAUAUCUGUAUCUUCUACCCGUUUGUGGUUUCUGAAGGGGAACCCCUCAAGCGAUGAAGGAGAAGUAAGAUCAUUUUCUGGACAUGGGGAUGAGGACAAUGUCAGAACUUGGGGUGGCUGGACUGUUAGUGAAUAAUCCUGGGAAAUGGGUGGUAAGUGGCAGAGAGAGCCCUCUUUCCCUGAAGUUUUGUCUGCAUUCACACAACAUGCUAAGAGUACUUAGCUUUAAUCAUGGUUAGUUUGGGAGAUUGUUGUCUUGAACAAACCCAACCUAAUUGGUUAGUUUAUGAUUCAGUGCGCAUUUGAACUUAGAGAAGUGGUUUAAUUCGGUACCCAGGUGAAGUGUGUUGGGAGAACACAACCAAUGAGCCUUUCCCACACUGAACGAUGAGUUCUGUAUUUGAGAAAGGGGGAACAGCUGUCUGACGAAAUUUGGUGGCCAUAUUUGAAUAUUCAAGCACGGGAAUUUGCCUAGCUGAGGAAUAAAGAUGGCUGAUACUCUUCCUCUUCUCAUUCUGGAUCCUUUAGAAUGAGGGCAGGGUCUCCUUUUCCCACCAUCAGGAAACGGUCAGCCAUAAAGGUAGCGCCCCUUGAACUGCAUGUUGGCAGCAACUGGUGGAAGGAAAAGAGAUAAAGAACUGCCACUGCCCCUCUAGCCAAAUAAAGUUCAUCUCCAGACACUCUCGUCCUUGGGAAUCUUUUGCCAAUCUUCUUUUCCAAGAUGUCACAGAGAGGGCACUCAUUGGCAAUGGGAUUGUACAGGGGUGGGUGGGGGAAUUUUGUUAUACAUAGUUGAGGGCAAGCAUGAUUCCCUCUCUUCUUUUUUGUACAUAGUAAAUUAAAUUUUUUUU